GAUGAGGUCCUCCACCGAGGACCGGAGGGUGGAGCCCGGGUCCGAGGUCAGCCAACGCGGGGGUGGGUCGAGGCGCGGCUUGGACGCCCUCAAGUCGACGGCCGGGGCAGUGACCAGAGUGCGGCCGAGCCUCGACGACCCCGGACGAAGCUUGGUGGUCUCAGCGCCCGGGUCGCCGAGCGAGGUGACCGGCCGGCUCCGGACCACGACCAGGGCCAGCAUGGAGAGGUGGCGCGACCGGCUGGCACUGGUGACAGGAGCCUCGGGGGGCAUCGGCGCGGCGGUGGCCCGGGCCUUGGUACAGCAGGGCCUGAAGGUGGUAGGUUGUGCCCGCACCGUGGGCAACAUCGAGGAGCUGGCUGCUGAAUGUAAGAGUGCAGGCUAUCCCGGGACUUUGAUCCCCUACAGAUGUGACCUGUCCAAUGAGGAGGACAUCCUCUCCAUGUUCUCAGCUGUCCGCUCCCAGCACGGUGGCGUGGACAUCUGCAUCAACAACGCCGGCCUGGCCCGGCCCGACACCCUGCUCUCAGGCAGCACCAGCGGUUGGAAGGACAUGUUCAAUGUGAACGUGCUAGCCCUCAGCAUCUGCACACGGGAAGCCUAUCAGUCCAUGAAGGAGCGGAACGUGGAUGACGGGCACAUCAUUAACAUCAACAGCAUGUGUGGUCACCGAGUCCCAUUCCAGUCUGUGAUCCAUUUCUAUUGUGCGACCAAGUAUGCUGUCACUGCGCUGACUGAGGGACUGAGGCAAGAGCUUCUGGAGGCCCAAAGCCACAUCAGGGCCACGUGCAUCUCUCCAGGAUUGGUGGAAACACAGUUCGCCUUCAAACUCCACGACAAGGACCCUGAGAGAGCAGCUGCCACCUAUGAGUGCAUAAAGUGUCUCAAACCUGAGGAUGUGGCUGACGCUGUCAUCUAUGUCCUCAGCAGCCCCCAACAUGUCCAGAUUGGAGACAUCCAGAUGAUGCCCACGGAGCAGGUGACCUAGUGUCCUGUGGGGAGCUCCUGCUUCCCAUCCCUCCUUCCUCUGAAGUUUAGGUGUUGAUUUCUGGACCUUGGAUCCCACUUUCUUUUAUGACCUCCACCAAGGGCUACAAAAUUUGUCUUGUCAAAUUAUGUCCAUUGCAGAUGUGAAGACACAGGCUGAGGAGAGGAGGCAGUCCCUGAUGGUUAACAAGUCACCUCUUGUUCUAGGUCCCCCUAGGACUCCCUUCUUUGCCUUUGUCUGCUCUCCUCAUUCUCUUUCCCUUCACCUAGGAAAGGGGAUGUGGCCAAAAGAGGGGCUUCCCCAUCUUGAACCCCAAUCACUGUACCUCAGGAAUGGUGUGUCAGGGACCAGCUACUUCCUCUGUGGCUUUCUAUCUGUAUGGUUAUACAGGGCUCCAGGCUUCCUUCUCUCCCUGACCCACUGCCCUUCCUCUUCCCCUUUCCCAACUCUCCAGCCCAGUCUUGGCUUCUUGCUCCCUGGGGGUUAUCACUCCAUUUUGACUAUGGCUACAGAAUACCAGGGUCUGGCUCCCAGUAGUUUUAACUGUGAUAAUUAAAAAAGAAAAAUCACAACCAACAUA